GAUGAUACAUUUAUUGCUCAGGCAUGUGAUUCUAUGAACGCAGGCUUUAAAAGAAGAAAACAAAAGCCAGUGAAAGAUUCAGUGAAAGAAAAGAAGUGAGCCAAAGAAGAGAGUCUACUGAAGCAGCAACACAGGAUGCGUGCACUGUUCCUCCUCAGUGUGGCGGUGGCGGUCUCCGUCACCUCGGCAUACCGCCACUACUCUGUCAUCUCCUCAGAGAUGGCCGGCUUCGUCAACAAGGCCAACACCACCUGGACUGCCACGAAGAACUUCCAUGACGUCGAUGUGAGCUACCUGAAAGGACUGUGUGGGACCAUACUGAAUGGACCCAAGCUGCCAGAGGUGGCUCAUGACGUCGAAGGCAUAAAUCUUCCAGACAACUUCGACUCACGUCAGCAGUGGCCCAACUGUCCCACAAUCAAACAGAUCAGAGACCAGGGCUCCUGUGGUUCCUGCUGGGCCUUUGGGGCAGCUGAGGCUAUAUCGGACAGGAUAUGCAUCCACACUGGUGGUAAGGUCUCAGUGGAGAUCUCCGCUGAAGAUCUACUCACCUGCUGCGAUGAGUGUGGGAUGGGCUGUUUCGGUGGCUACCCCUCCGCCGCUUGGGAUUUCUGGGCACAGAAAGGACUUGUGACGGGCGGCUUGUAUGGCUCUAAAGUCGGCUGCAGGCCCUACACCAUCGCCCCCUGUGAGCAUCACGUGAAUGGAACUCGUCCUCCUUGUCAGGGAGAACAGGACACCCCCAAGUGCGUGCUGCAGUGCAUUGACGGAUACUCGCUGUCGUAUCCGAAGGACAAACACUUGGGCAAACACACCUACAACGUGCCGUCCAAGCAGGAGCAGAUCAUGACCGAGCUGUACAAGAACGGGCCUGUGGAGGCGGCUUUCUCCGUCUAUGAGGAUUUUCUGCUGUAUAAGACCGGUGUGUAUCAGCAUGUGACGGGUUCCAUGCUGGGCGGUCAUGCCAUCAAGAUCCUGGGCUGGGGGGAGGAGAACGGGACGCCAUACUGGCUGGUUGCAAACUCCUGGAACAGUGACUGGGGAGACAAAGGCUUCUUCAAGAUCAAGCGUGGAAGCAAUGAGUGUGGCAUCGAGUCAGAGGUGGUUGCAGGGAUCCCACUCAACUAGAUAAAAUGAAUCCUUGCUGCACGCAAUUAAUCAACAAUUAAAUUUUGCAGCCUUCACUCCAAGUCCCCACUUAAAGGAAAAUACGCCAAGAUUUAAUGAAGUGGACAGAAAACAUAUCAUUGUGUUGACCACUGUUCUAAAUAAAUCAUGCUGAUCUCCAA